UUAAAAAAAUUGUGUUAUACUUUUUUAAAGGUUCGGAGCAAACGAAGGAUGCGAUGUGGGAUCAUAUCGAGGAGAAAUUCUUCACGGCGAUGAACAAGGAAGGCUCCUACUGUACCCGGGACCAACUCACUUCCAAAUGGAGCCACAUCAACCGUAAAGUCCGACAGUUUAUCAGAGUUUACGAGGAAUGCUCCCGGUCCUGGAGGAGCGGGACGAACGACGCCGAUGCUCUCUGGCUUGCCACGACCCGGUAUCAAGAUGACGGGCACCAAGGCAAGGUGCCCAUCGAUCUUUGGAGGAUUUUGAGUUGUUCCCCGAAGUGGCAACAACUCAACAAUCCCAACGGUGGAUCGUCAAAGAAAAGAUCCUCCGUCGACGCCAAGGUUGAGGUCGACGAGACUAUCGGUUCGUCUGAUCAAAUCCCUCCCUUCAACAUUGCGGAUUCCGAUGACGAGGACCCCAUUCCACGGCCGAUCGGAAGAAAGAAGGCAAAAUCCAUUGCUUCGGGUUCGGGAGGGUCCGGCUCUGCUUCCGUUUCUUCUCGCGACGAAAUUGGUCAGGCAAUGGUUGAACAACUUCGGGUGUCCAAUCUUCGAGAAGAAGAGAGGUUGAAGCUAAAAGAGAAGGAGUUGAAGCGAAAGGAGCAAGACGACGAGAUCAAAAUCAUGGAAACCGACCUUUCUACGUUGUCGGAGGCUAGGGAGAUGGGCAUUUUGCGUAUGUUGGAGAUGAUUAAGACGAAGCUAAUGGAAAGGCUAGCUAAAAAAUCAGAGAAUCUGAGAGAUGAUGUAUGCCCGAAGAUUCGAGCUAAAUUGAAAGGGAAGAUUGAGCAUGCACAUAUGUUCACUUCACAUUUCUCUGGAGGGUCUAAAAAAGGAGGUGAAGAGAUUGAAACUCUUAUGAAGAAAAAAAGAACAAAGCAAGGGAUAUUGAAGGAAGCUCUCAGAAAGCAUAUCCCCAAAGCUGCUCCAUGCCAGGGAAAGGAGAAAACAACAACCCAAGUUGCCAAAACAGGAGGAAAGACUAAAGGAAAGAACCCAUCUCAAGAGCUGGUGAACAUAAGGAUGAAAAAUGGCACUUCAGUUACCGAGCAUAUCAACAAGUUGAAUUCGAUCUUAGCCAGACUUUUGUCAGUGGACAUUAAGUUCGAAGAUGAAGUUCAAGCUUUACUACUGUUAUCGUCAUUGCCUGACAGUUGGUCCGGAACUGUUAUAGCAGUUACCAGUUCAGCGGGACCUGACGGAUUCACAUUUGAGAAGAUUCGUGACCUUGUUCUUGGAGAAGAUGUCAGAAGAAGGAGUUCUAGUGAGUCUUCAGAAGAAUCACUAAAUAUCGUUAGAGGCAGAGGAAAUAAUAGAGGUAGUGGGAGCAAGAACAGACGAAGGAGUCAAUCAAAGACUUGGGAUAGCUCAGGCGUAACGUGCUGUAAGUGCAAGGAGGUGGGGCAUUUCAAGAAUCAGUGCCCGAAAGAGGAUAAGCAAGUGAACAUUGUUAGAGGCUCCGCGAGCGACGAGGAUUUGUUUAUCUGCUGUGUGGAGAGUAGUGUGGCUUCUUGGGUCAUGGAUUCUGGUGCUUCAUUUCAUGCUACCCACAGCGGUGAAGCAUUGCAGAAUCUAGUUGUUGGUGACUUUGGAAAUGUACGACUAGCAGAUGACAGAGCUCUUGAUGUGACGAGCAUGGGUGACAUAGUGCUGAAGACCCCAAUCGGUUUCUGGACUUUGAAGAAUGUCAGAGUGGUUCCAACCUUGAAGAAAAGUUUGAUUCUUGUUAGGCAAUUGGACGAACAGGGACACGAGGGAGUGACCGUCCCAGUUAAAAAGAGAAACAAAGUCUGGUUCACAGAGUCUCGUGGGCAGAAUAAGGUUGUCUAUGCAAGAGAGAAACCUAGAGCCACAGGACGGACUCAGGAUGAACGAGCGAGGAAAGGUUCGAGGAGGCCAGUUAGAGGUAUUUAUGGCAGUGGGAGCUCAAGAGGCGCUUCAGCCAAGUUUCCUAGAAGACAGUGGGUCAGGAGAACCAGUAUUCUAACUGUUGGAACAUCUUUAAAAAAUUUCUUGCUGAGUAUGGAGAGUGUUUGUUCUCAAGAUGUUCCAGGAUCUGGCAGUGUGCGUCUGCAGUGGGAGUCGGUAGGGACUGAGGAUGAGUCAGGGGCAGAUUUAGCCAUGACUGAUGUGUUGGAGCUUGGGAGAGCUUCAACGGGCCUUUCAGUUGCCUGAUGAUAGGGCCGCUGCAACAAGAGAGCUGAGGAAGAUUACUCGAUGUACAGGCAAUCGUGGUGGAUGGCAGUUGAUGACUAUCAAGCCUCCAAGUGGGAGAAUGUUGGGUUUGUGGAGGCUUGGGCUUGACUUAUAGGCCCGGCCCAUGUUUUGUAACCCUAGGUUUUUCUCUUAUAUAUUAGCCCUUGUAAUUUUAAUUCCGGGAGACACCACAAGUGAAAGUAAUAAAAUCCUCCUUGUUGCCUCGUGUGGAGUAGGUUGCAGUUGGCGACCGAACCACGUUAAAUUCUUGCGUGUCAUUUGUGUUCCGUUUCUCUCAGUUAUUUGUGUGUGUUGUGUGUUUACUAGACUCGAACCCGUGCGUUGCACGGUCUGAGUUAAAGCUAAAUAAAUAAGGGAAACAUUG